AUGUUCGUGUCGGACCUGGAGUAUGACUCGGACGGGCUGAUGAUCUCAGCUAUGAGCAUGCUCUUAGACGCCGUUGCGAGCACCAAGUUCCCGGUCUAUGAACUAGUCGUCCAGGACAAUGCUCCUGUAGCCCUAGCAGGUCGCUGCUUGAGGCGUUCGCAGCAGGAUGAUCGGAGGGCAAGCUUCGAAAAGCUAGCAUCACUGACCUUAAGGCUGGAGACAUCUGACGACCUGGAAGACGAAGAGGAUGAAGACGAGUAUGAGGAAGAUUCACGUGACGAGGACGAAGAGAUGGAAGACGAGUAUAAGCCAUGGUUGACAACUUUGUCAAAAGCGCUGGGCAUCACCUCCUCCUUGCGCACGAUUGAUCUUAACCUUGGCUACGGUGGGAAGUACAAUGAGGAUCACGUCAAUCCGAAUCUUGGCGCUUAUCUUCGCAACAAUCGUCUGGAGACCAUUGCUCUUACAGGUGGACUCUUCACGCUUCAUGCCCUCAAAGCCCUCCUGGAGCCCCACAAGAACACCCUACGGACCCUGAAGCUCUCAUUCGUCGCCCUUGACACUACAGACGAUUGGCGUCGUAUGUUCAGAUGGAUAGCACAAACCAUGAACAUCGACUGCUUGACACUCUGGGGUGCCGAUACUGGGAUGAGCUGGAGUCUAUACAUGACAGAGGACAGCUAUAAAGCUACGACAGGUAGCGCUACCAUCCAUCAGCACCUUAUGGACCUCGCGCAGAACGCGGUCUUCGAAGGAAACGAGUACUAG